AUGAUAUGGGCGAGAUGUGUACGAAACAACCCAUUCAGCGCUCUAGCUGAUGAGUACAAAGAAGACGAUGAUCACCGUCGUUUUCGUCGGCGUAAUCAGUUCGAUGGGAAAACGGGUUCAAUUGGUGGAGUCUCAUGUGAUGAUUUGCUCGAUUGGAUCAUAUCGGUAGAGGAGUUCCUAGACUUCAAGAAGGUACUGGAUGAUCGUCGCGUCCCUCUUGUCGCGAUACGUUUUCGUGGUCACGCAGUUUCGUGGUGGAGUAAACUUAAAUCCACCAGAACUCAUACUGGGAAAGAACCGAUUCAAUCAUGGGAGCGGCUGAAGAAACAUCUGCGCAAAACAAUUUUUCCGCAAAACUUUGAUCGUUCACCUCGUCUCUCGCUUCAUUGGCGGGUUACGACCACAGUUCCAAAACACGAUGGCUCAAUUCGAUCCGACCACUGUUUCCGAGGCACAUCGUUGGACGUGCACCUUCAAAGUGCAGUUCCGUUCUUUGUGGAACAGCUGCGUCUCACGUACACACCUCACGGAUCCGCCGGCUCCUCCUCCAACGGGCGCGUUGAAGGAGAAUAUCACGGCCCUAUCUUUGACAAUGAGAACGAUGCAGACGAGACACAAGACGAUAUUCUACGUACCGCUGGUGAUGAAGCAGACAUCCCAUCUCUUGUUUUAAUGAUGUGUCGCCCAGACACUACACCGAUCAACCGCGACAAUCAAUGGCUUCGCAUAAACAUAUUCCGUUCUUCCUGUUUGAUCAAUGAUAAAAUCUGCAGUAUCGUAACUGACUCGGGGAGUUCUAGGAACGUAGUUGUGGCAGACGCUAUCCACAAACUCGAGAUUCCAGCUGAAGCUCAUCCCGUGCCAUACUCACUCUCAUGGGUUUAG